AUGUUGCACCCAUCCUACGGGGCAGCGUUGGCUGCUGAGCCUUUCCACCCAUAUCAAUACGACAGAUUCUAUGACAACACACACAACACGCAAAUGGCUCUAUCACAAGUAACCCAGAGGCUAUCCCGAACAUCUGCGGGCUCGUCUCUCCGAGUUGUCAAGCCUUCAAGCACCAGCACUAGCCCACGAUCGUCCGCUGCCAAGUCAAGAAGGCGCACCAUUAUCAACGAUUCUCAGGCGGCGAGAAGACAGCAGCAAGUCUUGGAAUACAUUUCAUCAACACAAAACACCGAAUCGUUUCCGCCGAGAAGGCAAUCACGACCUGCUAGCUGGCAUCCAUCAACUCAACUGCAAACGCCCCAGGUUGAAUAUCUUCCACAGCAAACUUUUUAUGAAUACCCUGCCAUGCAUCAUGGGUACCAAACCGCCUUCCAGCCUUCUCCUCCAAUGGCAUCUUACUCAAACAGCACCUCGCCAUCAUCAAACUUUUCUCCGCUGCCGCUGUCCUACCAGUCUACGGAGGCAAUGACCACUGCCUCGGCUGAUGAGUGGCAGACGGCGAACCAGUCGGCUCCCUACUAUCCCACCCUGGCUGAUAAUCAGUUUUUGAACGGUGCUAUCAAUGAGAGGUCCCCUAACAAUGCCUUGAACUGGAACAGCUAUAUCUACCAAGGCUUUAGCGAGACCUCUCCGCCUACACCUGAUUCUUUCCUCCCUCCCACACAACAACCCCAAGCGGAUGCCCCCGAGGCAGCUAUUCAAGCCUUGGAUGAUUCUGAAGAAGAGGGAGAAAUCCUUAUUGGAAUGGGACUCUAUGAUACACCUGGCAAAUACGAAGAUGAUCCACACCUAAACAACUAUCGCUCCACGGUAUCAUCUCUUCUUGGGUCUUCCUUCAAGCCCCAAGAGCCCACCGGCAAGGGCUUGAAGCUGGAAGAGACUUGGGAACCUCCAAAGUCUGAUGAUGAAGAAGAUGAUGAUGAGGAGGAGGAGGAGGAAGAGGAAGAAGAUGUUGAUAAUUAA